AUGCGUUUUAAUUUUGCGCAAGAAUAUAUUUCUCAAUUCUUCGGAUAUUAUAUUACGCUAAUUAUUCGUUAUCCAUGGCUAUUUAUUUCAAUACCAAUACUAUUGACAGUCAUACUUAGCACGGGAUUGCAAUAUCAGGAGGAUGCUUUCGUAAAAGAUGAGCUUGGCCAAUAUGUUCCAAUUAAUGCCCAGGCUGGAAGAGAGUUACAACAACUAGAUGAACUAUUUCAUAUCGAUGACAUGGAUCCAUUCUAUGCUACCAGAAGAUAUGAUAUUAAACGAACCGGCUAUAUUAUCGUAAGAAGUAUUGUUAAUGAUCAAGAUGUGCUGAAGCCAGCUGUUUUGGAUGCGGUAUUAAAAUUAUGGAAUGUAAUACAAGGGAUUAGAGUUGAAGGAAGAAAUGAUACUACUUUUGAUUAUCCAUCUAUUUGUGUCAAAUUUCCAAUUUCAUCUGAAUUUGAUGAAAUUAUUGCAAAUAUUUUAAUGCAUAAACCAUCAAGGCUACAAGAAGAAUGUGUAUCAAAUCCAUUAAUAACUGCAUUCAAAAUGUUCCUAAAUGGUGAUUUAAAUCCGAAAAAUGAUACAAUUGACCAGGCUCUCUUGAAAUUACUCGCCAAUUCUUUCUCAUCCGAUCUAUUAAAUAGUUUUUACAGCUUACUGGGUGGUAUUACAUUUGACGAGAAACAUCGAAUUUCCGGUGCGAAAGCGAUAAUGUUACCUUAUGCAUUGCGACAUUCAACAGUUUUCCAGGAUAGUUUAGCUGAGAAGUGGGAGUUAAAGUUAACUGAUUUUUUAUUGCAAUAUACAUCAAAUAUCAUCAAAACUUCUUUGUGGACUUAUGAAACGAUAGCUGUAGAAAGCGCUAAUGGCCGUGAGCAAUUGAUGAAAAUGCUACUUCCAAGUUUCUUAACAUUAUUACUGUAUACAACAUUAUGUUGCUGUCUACCAUCCUGGAUUUAUUCUCGACCAUGGCUAGCUGCUGGCGGAGUUGUAAGUGCUGCAGCUGCCGUUAUCAGUGGUAUCGGCUUAUUGCUGCUAUUAGGCUAUCAUAUUACCAGUGUUGCAUAUUUGAUGCCAUUCAUUGUUUUCUCAGUUGGAGUGGACAAUGUAUUUAUCACACUGUCAGCGUGGCGAUCGACUUCUUCUAUCGCUCCAUUUGAUUCACGGAUGAAAAAGGCAUUCACGGAUGCAUCCUUCUCAAUUACUGUAACUUCCCUUACCGAUCUCAUUUCCUUUACUGUUGGUUACUUUGCACCUUUUCAAUCCGUACGAACAUUUUGUAUGUAUGCAGCAUCGGCUAUUUUUUUCACAUAUAUUUAUCAGAUAACAUUCUUCUCGGCUAUACUAGUCUUGACGAGCAAACGUGAAGCUGCCGAGCGACAUUGCUUAACGUUCCAGAAAUGCAGGAAAAAGGGAUAUUCCAGAUCGCAUACUUUUCCUAAAAGUCAUACGCUUUAUUGGUCAACGAUCAAAGAGAAACAGAAAAUGACACCACAUCGCAAUCAUUUCCUUGCGAACUUUUUCCGUACAACUUACUCAGAUUGGUUAUUCGAACCAACUGCUCGAUUAAUUAUACUCGUACUUUUCGUCCUCUACCUCAUAACAUCAAUUUGGGGUUGUAUGCAUGUAAAAUUGGGUCUUCAACCGAAUGAAUUACUUUCAAUAGAUUCAUAUGGUCGUGAAGCUUUAUCUGUUAUGGAGAAAUACUUUUCCGAUUAUGGGUCAUAUUUGCACGUAUGGAUGUAUAAUUUGUCAGAAUUCAAUUUUUCAAAUGGCCGAAUUUGGACGGUGUUGGAAAGUGAAAUAGCGCUGUACGAAUAUACUGAAUACACGGGGAGCAGUGAUUCGUGGUUACGCGCAAUGAUGCAAUACUUUCAAAAAAGUAACAUCGAAAUAACACCCAACAAUUUUGUAUAUAUUUUGAAGAAUAUUUUCCUUUCUCAACCACAAUUUGCUCGUUAUAAACGUGAUAUUUUGUUUGAUGCUACCGGUAAUUUCCUGGAAGUUUCACGUGUCCUUGUGCGGUUACGUCAUGUUGGAGCAAGUAAUCAAUCUCGUGCUAUGCAGGUUUUAAGAAAUAUUGCAAAAUCGCGAAUCAUUAAGACUGGAGUAUAUGCUGACUUCUUCCAGUUUGCGGAACAAUACGACGCAAUACUUCCGGGUACGCUAUCAACGAUAGCAGUUGCUAGUUUUGCUUUAAUUAUUGUUUCCUUAUUGUUAAUACCGAAAAGAAUCACAUCAUUUUGGAUUUCAUUAAGUAUCAUUACGGUAAAUGUCGGCAUCCUUGGCUUCAUGACCUUUUGGAAUGUUCGGUUGGAUUUCGUUUCAAUGAUAACAAUUGUUAUGAGUGUUGGCUUUUGUAUUGAUUUCGCUUCACAUUUGGCGUUUAAUUUUUCUAAGGACGAUGGCAUAGGCUCUUCUGAGCGAAUGCGUAAUGCUUUAUACAAUGUUGGCGUUCCAAUAAUACAAUCUGCCAGCAGUACAAUUAUCGGAGUUUCAUUCUUAGCAACAAUUGAUAGCUAUGUAUUUCGUUCAUUUCUAAAAACAAUCAUCUUAGUGAUAACAAUUGGUACACUGCAUGGUUUGUUGAUACUUCCAAUCCUACUUACGCUAUUCACUUGUGAUGAAGAACCUACGUAA